UAAAUGUGUAAAUAAAUGAAGGCAAUCUUUCCCAGCACACUGUUUAGAGUUACUUUCUUCAAGUGUGCAACAUGUGCACCCCAAGUAGGCUCAGUCUAGUCCCAUAUGAAGUUGAAGAAAUAAAUUACUUCGUUUCUUUACAAUAAAAAAUUGCAGCAUAUCAUGCUAUUCAAACUGAAUGUAUCUCAUCUCAGCUAUCCCUUUCUUACCAAGCAUAUUGGUCCACACUGUUUCCUCUUCUCUUCAGCUCCAUGCCAUGAUAGCAUUUACUGCAUUUCAUUUUUCUUCUCAAAAGUUUCUUCCUCUGAAACCACUUAAUAAGCUUCCAAGCAUUUUGUUUAGAAGCUUCCUGAUGUAGAAGGUUUCUCACACUGCUGAAUCUUGUCAUUACACUGGUGAAUGAUGCCGCCAGGAUCGUGCUGCCACAGAAUCUAACGCCUGCGUUCAGUAGGAAUCGCGUCAUCAACGUGGGACAAAGAAAGGUUUCGCGCUUAUUCUAUAGUGAUAUAGCCACCUGUUCCAGCUGACAGUAGCAGUAAUAAUGGCAAACAGAAAACGGAUACAGACCAGAGGAAAAAAAUAUGUAGAGGAGACAGAAGCGGAAGGCAGCAGUGUUGGUGCGUCAGCAGCCCCCACAGCACAGCUGGCACUAAACAAUAAAGCACAUGAGUUGCAGAUGUGCAAAAAGAAAAUGGAAUGGCAGAAUGAGAAAAUAGAGGAGUUGACCAAGGAGAGAGAUUUCCUCAAGGAACAACUAGCAUCCGCUCUUAAAAAAGAUGAGCCCAAAGCAACUGCCGGUUCCAAUAGUGUCUCUACACUGGACUCAUCUUCCUCCGAGAUGAGUUCAAAGAGUACAGACUCGGAGUCAUCCAACAGCUCAUCCUCAGAGGACAAAAAGAGGAAGAAGAAGGGGAAAGGGAGAAAGAAGGCAUCCAAGAGGGUUAAAAUGGAAAAAACUCUGCAAAGAGCCCGGAAUCCCGAGCAGGCUUUGGCCCGGUACAAAAAGAUUCUUAAAUGCUACAAGAGGCUUGGAACCAUGUCUGGGGCAUUUCGAAAGGUCGGUGUUGACCGUAAUACAGUGGUGGUCAAUGCACCAAUCGCCGAGCUUUCCAUUGCUGCCCCAGACCAGUACAAGGAAGCUUUGAAAACGUAUACCCAUUCCACAAAAUUGAAAGCAUUUGCGGAACACUGUGCCUUGACAAUUCUAGGCGAUGUAGAAAUAGUUGACGCAGUUAACACGCUUAAAGCCAGUGGUAAGCUGCUACCACUGAAAAAGAAAUAAUUAUGUGCAUUUUGUAUUAUGCUUUACAAGUGUUCCUGUAAAGUAAUUUUUACAUUUUCUGUACAAUACCACUGUUCAUAUUUUAUCUGUAUUUUUUUGUUGUGUGUUCUUUGUUGAAAAGAAGAAUUUAUGUAGUUUAAAAUAAAUAUUUGUACGUUUUCAGCACUUCA